GCUGAACUCUGGUAACCAACUUUCAUCAGAGAAGAAGAAGCAGAAGAAGAAGCUCACGAAACAGACGGUAGAAGCUAACAUUAGCAUCAGCUGUUAAAGAGUAAACGACCCAGUUAUUUUGAUAUUAUUGUAAUGUUUAAAGAUUUUAACUUUAAUGUAGAUACUGAACUAUCCCGCUGGUAACUGCUUACAGAAGAUAAAACACAGACGUGUCUUCAGUGACAUGAGCAGCUCUGCUCAGAGGAAGAGGAGGACCACAGGCAGUCCUCUUGUUUCCAGACCCAGUUCCAAGACCAGCAGAAAGGCUAACACUAACAGAGCAGCUACCACUAGCAGAGUGGCUAACAGGACAGCUAACAUUAGCAGGACAUCAGAUGGUGACUUUGCCCCCCCUACAGAGACCAUUGAUGUGAUGGACAACACUGAGGACAGUGUGGAGGAGGUGGUGGAUCUGACCUGUGAGGGCUCAGAAGCUGCUGUGGUCGACCUGACCAAUAACGACUCAGUGCUGCUGGUGGAUGAAGUCCAAUGUCUGUCUGGGUGUCCUCCGUCAGGUCCUCAGAACAGGAGAGUCACCACAGGUGAGAGUUAUAUCGUCAGCAGUGAUGAAGAUGACACGCCCCCUGCCCUAAAUGGUGCAAUCAUGUCGUCCCUACACGCCAACAGCUCCUCCAGGUCGACACCAGGGACGAUCAGCUGUCCCGUCUGUCUGGACUCAUACUCUGAGAUCGUAGAGAGCGGUCGAUUGGUUGUAUCCACUAAAUGUGGUCAUGUGUUCUGCAGCCAGUGUCUGAGAGAUGCUCUGACAUCAUCACACACCUGUCCUACCUGCAGGAAGAGACUGACCCACCGCCAGUACCACCCCCUCUACGUCUGAUGUCACUCUGACAUCAUCACACACACAAAGUGACACAUCGUAUCAGGAGGAUCUUUGCUGCUGAAUUUAUUUUUACUCAGAAAGACUUGGUGUCAGAGCUGUUUAAUUAUAGAAUCAUUACUGAUCGAUUAUUGAUGGAUGUAUAUUGAUUAUAUAGACUAUAUUUGAUAUUGUUUUUUCUUUAAUUCUCAGCCCAGAUUUCUGUUUUCCUUUGUGUCUGAUUGUAUCUUCUGAGCUGGACUUUAUUUUCUAGCGUGGCUGAUUAAAUGUGUCAAGUAGAAAUAAAUUCUAUUGUUAAUUUCUGUUUGUGCGCGCACGCUCUAUGAUGUGUGUGUUUUCUUGAACUUUGACUCAGUGGAUCGAUGAACUAGCUGCUUGGUUUCCUCUCAGUGCCUGAUUGAUGAUUAGAGCUGAUAAGUGGCUGAAUUAAUCAUGAUGUUUAUGAAGUGAUAAACAGAUAAUUUCUGUAUAAUUCUAUGAGAUUUUAUUGUUGUUGUGGAAACCAAACGCUACAUUUUCCCCAUGAAGAGAAACGUCAGAGACAAAGUUAUCACCACAAUGGAAACUUGUUGUCAGCGUGGGAGGUUUGUAACCAGGUGACAAACGUGACAAAACAGUAACUACAUCUGUUUGUGUAUAUUAUGAGAAAAGUUCACAUUAUUAAAUCUUGUGGUGUGAAUCAACCAAUCUGAGCACUCGCUGUGCUCCUUCCAAGAAGCAGGGCUUUAUACAGCUUUAUUGAUAAAACAGCUUCAGAGAAUACUUGAAACACGAUGAGAGGGGAGAAACGCUGCACCAGGACUCUAACCUGGAGCGACUGCAGAGCCUCUGUACACAAGACACUGUUCUACCAACUGAGCUAAUGGGUGCCAUAAUGAUGCAAUUGUGAUGAUGUGAUGGUGACUAAGAUGAUGGCUAUGAAGAAGAUGAUGUUAAACUGUCAGAACGUGUUGAACCUGUGAAACCGUCUCAGAGAAAACACUGAUCUGAGUGCUGCUGUAAAGUGUUAGUAGUUAAUAUCAUGCUACACUAAUUAGCACGCAGAUAAUGUAGCCUUGAUUAAAUGUUUGUUCUUGUCUUCACUGAACUGUCAGCCAUGUGGCACUAAAUGUGUUUUGAAGGAAAGCUUGAACUGUGUCAAGUGUGGAAAUUAAAUAGUUAUGAAUUGA